CGCAGUAGUUGGCACCCUGGCGCCUGGAGCUCGCCGAAGGGGCUCCAUGGUGGUGGCAUGCGGCCUUCUGUUGCCCAGCUGCGGGGAAGUGCAGCCUCACCCGGUUCGACCCCCGGGGUAUGUGGUACACAUCCUUCGCUCUAGAGAAUUACUUUCCACAGAACCCAGUAACACCAUGAAGUCCAAUCCUGUCAUCCAAGCUGCCAUUGACCUCACGGCAGGGGCCGCAGGAGGCACAGCAUGUGUACUGACUGGGCAGCCCUUUGACACGAUGAAGGUGAAGAUGCAGACGUUUCCAGACCUCUACCGGGGCCUCACCGACUGCUGCCUGAAGACCUACUCCCAGGUGGGCUUCCGCGGCUUCUACAAGGGCACCAGCCCUGCACUGAUUGCCAAUAUUGCAGAGAACUCGGUGCUCUUCAUGUGUUACGGCUUCUGCCAGCAGGUGGUCCGCAAAGUGGUUGGAUUGGACAGGCAGGCAAAACUGAGUGACCUCCAGAAUGCAGCUGCUGGGUCCUUUGCUUCUGCCUUUGCUGCACUGGUUCUCUGCCCCACAGAGCUCGUCAAGUGCCGGCUGCAGACCAUGUAUGAAAUGGAGACGUCAGGAAGGAUAGCUGCAAGCCAGAACACAGUCUGGUCGGUUGUGAAAGAAAUCUUCAGGAAGGACGGCCCCCUGGGCUUCUACCAUGGACUCUCAAGCACUUUACUCCGAGAAGUACCAGGCUACUUCUUCUUCUUCGGUGGCUAUGAACUGAGCAGAUCAUUUUUCGCUUCCGGGAAAUCAAAAGAUGAACUAGGCCCUGUUCCGUUGAUGCUAAGUGGUGGAUUUGGUGGGAUUUGCCUCUGGCUUGCUGUAUAUCCAGUGGAUUGUAUCAAAUCUAGAAUUCAAGUUCUUUCUAUGACUGGAAAGCAGGCAGGAUUCGUCAGAACCUUCCUGAGCAUUGUGAAGAAUGAAGGAAUAACAGCCUUGUAUUCUGGACUGAAACCUACUAUGAUUCGAGCAUUUCCUGCCAAUGGGGCAUUAUUUUUGGCCUAUGAAUAUAGCAGGAAGUUGAUGAUGAGUCAGUUGGACGCAUACUGACGUGCCCUGGUGAGCCCGGACUCAAGGCAGGCAUUUAGUGACUGUUGUCAACUCAGGGUUUCGCAGAGGACGAGAAUAAUGUGGAAUUAUUGUUGAUUAAUUGGGACUUUUGUCCUUCUCUUCCCUUCUUCUAGUCAAAGUCUUAAGAGACUUUGUGGGAGGCCCCUCUAUCCUAUACCGUAUAAUUUCUGCCUGUCAUUGUACCAAAAGAGAAAAGUCGCCAUUCUUGCCCUUGGUGGCUCUGUGCACCAGCCUUGUGCAGACUGUCUUCCUCCCAGGAUGGAACUCCUGUGGAAGUCAGAGGUACGCGUGCAGUUUAGAUGCUUCUGUGUUGAGGAAAACACAGUUUUGUUCUAUGUUUAAUUGUAAAUGGUGACCAUUUUUAUGCAGAUGUUUAUAAGUGAUUGCUUAACACGUCCUAGACAGGGCCACUGCCAUAGUCUGCUGAGCCUGUGUGCUAAGAGGCUAAAGUUUUAACUUUUUGUGCUACAUUAAAGCUAACACAUCCAUCUAUAUUUUUAGAUAAAUUUUAUGCACCCUUGUGUGGCGUCUACAUUCAUGAUGCUCAGCUCCUAACAGUGCCAUUCAUUUUCCAGGCGGGCUCGUCAUUUUGCACUCUGGUGCUGGUGGGUGUGGUCCAGAGUGUGAGAGGGCAGCAGCGUGCCCCCACCUUUCCUUCUCCCUGGAAGAGCUGCCUCCCUUGUCGGUAGACAAGGGCUGCCCUGCCAUGCUCUCACAAAACCCAGCAGAGGUUCUUAUCUGGAUUCAACAGGAAUCCAGGCUACUCUUUUGAUCCUUGAUCUGGGGCUAACCUGAACCCACUGUCUCUCUGCCUCCAUCAAUCAGAGGCCCUUCCAGGAGGCAGAGAGGAAGUCUGGGCUUCCUGCCUUUAUUGUGGAGUCCCCCUCACAGGGAAGUCCAGUGGCGCUCGCUAGUUCGGCACGGCAGCAUAACCAUAUCAGCUCACUCUCCUGAAGUUCACCUUGGGGUUCAUAACGCCUUGAUUUGCCUCUGUAUUUGGAGCUGGCGGUGUGUGAAUUUUAAUGAAUGUCGAUGAUGUGUAACUUUGGAAAGCAUUGUGACAAAUAACAAAAACCUUUUUCUUAAACUAAGUAGUAUGUAUGUGGCAGUCAGAAACUCGGCCCCACAUUUCUUCUCACCCCGAGACACACGCAAUAGAUAAUUCUUUGGCCACAGGGUCUAAGAGGGUCUCAUCACUGCAGAGAUCAAACCCAAUGUCUGUACUACUCCAAGACCAGGGGGAAGACAAUAGGGUUUGUGCCUACUCUGCCUAUAAACCUGAAGGAAUGCCCCCUUGCCACGGUGCCACGAGCACAAGGGUCAGGAAAGCAAAGUAUUCCCAGAAAGGGAGGAGUGCCUGUCAGCAUCCCUUGACUGGCUCUUGGUGAGAAAGCUGUCUUUCUAAGUUAGUUUUACCUGUUCUUGCGUGGCCGGUGUCUACUGACUGAUGCUUCAUCUGAAGAGGUCUGGAUUGAAGCAAAAGUAGGAUUGGUUUCCUGCAGGAAGAGGACAGGCCAGAGCCACAGUUUUCUCUUUUGGUGCUUGGGAUCCAGUUCAUAUUAACCUGGUUGGUUGUGGGUCUCCUCACAGUCUGUCCUUUAUGGCCUCUUCUAUAGCUAUAGUCAGAAACAAGGGAAAGUGAAAAACAGAGGCCAAAGGGGGAAAAAAAAUAGUUUUUUAAUUAUUAUUCUGUUGGUUUGAUUUGUGACUUAAUGUUUGGGCACACACAAUUAUACUUGAGACAAAACCAGAACUUUGAGAUAUUUUGUUUAGAGAAAUGAGUGCUCUGUCAUUAUUAAAUAAGCCUAAUGUGAGUCUAUGGAUGAGCUUCAUUUAAAUACAUUAUAAUAAGGACCAAUAGGAAUAUAAUAUUUCAAGGUGGUGGUUGCAUUGGAACAAGUAUCCUUUUGUCAGCAAGAUCCCUGAUGUAAAAUAAUUUUACUGUAGGCAAGCUGACAAAAAAAACGUUACUUGUGUAUUCCAUGGGUAUGAAGCAGCCCAUUAGAACUGUUCUGCCCCUCUGCGUCAUGGCAGUUGGAGUGAGAAUGGCUCAUAGGCUCAUGUAUUUGGAUGCCUAGUCACCAGGGAGUGGAACUGUUUGAUAGGAUUAGAAGGAUUAGGAGGUGUGGCCUUGUUGGAGGAAGUGUGUCACUGGGGGUGAUCUUUGAGGCUCCAAAAGCCCAUUCCAGGCCCAGUGUCUCUCUCUCUCCCUGCUACCUGCGGCUCAGACUGUAAAGCUCUCAGCUCCACAGUCAUAGCUGCCAUGCCCGUGCGAGUGCUCCCUGCUGUGGUGAUAAAGGAAUAGCCCUCAGACACUAAGCAAGCUCCUGCUGAAGUGCUUUCCUUUCUAAGAGUUGCUACAGUCAUAGCGUCUACACAUAGCAAAAGAACAGUGACUGAGACAGCCUGUAUUUACUCAUUCAGUCACUCAUUUAUUCUGUGUGUGUGUGUGUGUGUGUGUGUGUGUGUGGUAUAUGAAUGUGUGGCAGCCAGAGGUUGAUAGUUGUUUUCUUCUACUCACUCACUACCUUAUUUUUUUUUAAUAACUUUUAAUUUUUUUUGAGGUUAAUAUAAUUGCAUCACUUUCUCCCUUUCCCUUUCCUCCUCCAUUCGUGUACCCCCACUUUGCUCUCUUAUUCAAACUCACGGCCUCUUUCUCUUUAAUUGUUGUAAUCUGUACGUACACAUACUCAUAUACAUCAUACGCACAGGUGAUCUUGCUCCCGCUCAGUCUGUAUAAUGUUACUCGUGUAUAUGUUUUCAGGUGUGCUCUUCCCCUGGGAGGACUAUUUCUCCUGCUCUCAGCCUUCCUUAGUUGCCUGUAGUUGGUUGGCUAGCUGGGUGAGUUUUCUUAACUCUCAUGAUACCACAUCUAUUAGUGUUGCCGUGUUGAUGAGGCCACAUGGGUGUGGCUUCCCUGACAUUUCUAGGAGCUACGUUCUCACAGCAGACUCCCUGCCCCUCUAGCUCUUAGAAUUUUUCCACCGCCUCUUCUGCACUGAACUCUGAGCCUUAGAAGUAGGGGUUGUGUUGUGGAUGGAUCUGUCGAUCUGCUGGGAUCUACCAGGCUCCAUAGCUCUGCGUGGCAGCCAUCAUUUAUGGUUCUCUGCAAUGGUCUCUGUCUAUUACAGAAAGUUUUCUUGACCAUGGGUAAGGACUCCACUUACCUGUGUGUAAAGAUAAACGCUUAGAAUGUAGUUAGGGGUUAUGUUGGUUUAGUGAAGUCGUGGUUGUAGGUUCUCCUCCAAGAUGAAAGACUUCAGUGUGGCAUGAUAACCCUGCCGCUGCCGCCACCACUGCCACCACCCAGCUAAAAGCACUUUUUAAAAAAACAAAACAAAAACUGGGGUUUUCUUCUUUCCGUAUUGCCAGUGUUGACCUGCCAGGGAAUCGGUGCAUGGAGCAUGGCUGCUUGCAAAUUAAAUGAAACGGUCUGUGGCCUGUCCUGCCGCAGCACCUUUCCAUACCUGGAGUUAUGACAGAUUGUAGCAAUAAUACGGAAAGUGUUUUUCCUUGGAGAAGAACCACACUAGGGGAGGACAGGACCAGAACCCUUUGGGGAUAUUUAGAGGAUGGCAAGAAAGGUUGCAAAAACAAAACACAACACAACGCCUUCUCAGGUUGCUGCUUUCUCAUCCCCAGGGAAACUCAGAGCUUCAGUCACAACUGAGGCGUUCACAGCCCUUUAUUUUCACUUCGACACAGAAUACACAGUUUCACCUUCUAGACUUCUGAGCUGCUCAGUGGUCCAAGUGGUUGGUGUACUGAUUAUGCAAACUUGCUGAUUGCAGUGGUCUGCCCUGAACCUCUUUUACUUUCAUGAAUUGCUGUUUGUAGAGUGAUUUCAACAGAAUGUAUGGUUUUCAGGGGUUACACAGCCAUGCCCUGCAUAGUAAUAUUUCUGUCAUCGAGGGCCCUGUAUAUGAUGUGGCCCCUGUAAGAUUAUAUUGUUCAGUAGCUGCCUAUACUUUCUGCAAAGUCACUCUAAGGUCUUUGCAUAAUGGUUGACAUUUUUUCAAAGGUGUCUCUGCUGUGACAGCAGACAGAGUUUUACUACUUGUUACCUUUCAUUUCCAGGUGAAUUCACCUUGGCCUGAAUUCUUGACAUCCUUGCUAAUAAAAAGGAAAAUCCAAAUAAAGUUUAUUUCAGUGAAGCCAAAAA